AUGGCUCGCAAGUUCUUCGUCGGCGGCAACUUCAAGAUGAACGGCACCAAGUCGUCCAUCAAGGAGAUUGUCAAGAACCUGAACGGCGCCACUCUUGACCCCAACACUGAGGUUGUCGUCUCCCCUCCUGCCAUCUACCUCCAGCUCGUCCGCGAGUCUCUCCGCAAGGACAUCGAGGUCGCUGCCCAGAACGUUUUCGACAAGCCCGACGGUGCCUUCACUGGUGAGAUCUCCGUUUCCCAGCUCAAGGACAACAACAUCAACUGGGCCAUUCUCGGCCACUCUGAGCGCCGCACUAUCCUGAAGGAGUCGGACGCCGUUGUCGCCUCCAAGACCAAGUACGCCACUGAGAACGGUGUUGGCGCCAUCUGGUGCUGCGGCGAGAGCCUCGAGGAGCGUGAGGCUGGUACCACCGUUGACGUUGUCAGCAAGCAGCUGGCCGCCCUCAAGGCUGAGGUUUCCGACUGGUCCAAGAUUGUCAUUGCCUACGAGCCCAUCUGGGCCAUCGGUACUGGCAAGGUCGCCACCACUGCCCAGGCCCAGGACGUUCACGCCGCCAUCCGCUCCUGGCUCGCUAAGAACGUCAGCGACAAGGUUGCUGAGGAGACCCGCAUCCUGUACGGCGGCAGUGUCAACGAGAAGAACUGCAAGGACCUGGCCAAGGAGAACGACAUUGACGGCUUCCUUGUUGGCGGUGCCAGCUUGAAGCCUGGCUUCGUCGACAUUAUCAACGCCAGACAGUAA